AUGGCUGCCUCAUUCUCCUCUUCAUCACUCUAUGUUGGUGACCUCCACCAAGACGUAACUGAUUCCCAAUUGUUUGAAAUUUUCAACCAAGUUGGUCCAGUUGCCAAUCUUAGAAUCUGUCGUGAUACCACCACCCGUCGUUCCCUCAACUAUGCCUACGUCAACUACCACAACCCAGCUGAUGCUGAACGUGCUUUGGACACCUUGAACAAUACCUUGGUCAAGGGUAAGGCUUGUCGUAUCAUGUGGUCUCAAAGAGACCCAUCACUCAGAAAGUCAGGAGUUGGAAACAUUUUCAUCAAAAACCUCGACAAGUCUGUUGAUCACAAGGCCCUCUUUGACACAUUCUCUGCCUUUGGCAACAUUUUGUCAUGCAAGGUCGUCACUGACGAGACCAACGUCUCCAAGGGAUUCGGUUUUGUUCACUAUGAAAGCCAAGACUCUGCCGACAAGGCCAUCAUGAAGGUCAACGGUAUGAUCAUCAAUGACCAAAAGGUAUUUGUCGGACCAUUCAAGUCGAGCAAGGAACGCGGACAAACCCAAGAGCUCAAGUACACCAACGUCUACGUCAAGAACCUCUCUGAGGACGUCAACGAAGAAGAGUUGCGUGACUUGCUCGUGCCAUACGGCAAGAUCACCAACCUCACCAUAAUGAGUGAUGAAAAGAGCAAGAGCAAGGGCUUUGGUUUUGCCAACUUUGAGACACCAGACGAAGCCAAGAACUGCGUCGAAGCCGAGAAUGGCAAGCUCUUCCACGGCAAGGUCAUCUAUGUUGGUCGUGCCCAAAAGAAGAUGGAGCGUGAAGCCGAGCUCAAGCACAAGUUUGAGACCAAGUACCAAGGCGUCAACCUCUACAUCAAGAACAUCGACGACUCGAUCGACUCGGACAAGUUGCGUUCCACCUUUGCCGCCUACGGAACAAUAACCUCGGCCAAGGUCAUGCGUGACGACAAGUCAACCUCGUCCAAGGGAUUCGGUUUUGUCUGCUACACCACCCCAGACGAAGCCUCCAAGGCUGUCGCCGAGAUGCACGGUCGUAUGGUCGGAAACAAGCCACUCUACGUCGCCUUUGCCCAACGCAAGGAGAUCCGUCGUCAACACCUUGAAGCCCAACACAACAAGUUCAAGGGCAACCGUAUCCAACCCGUCCCAUCCAUGUACGCCGGUGGACCAAUGUUCUACAACCAAGGCAUGCCAGUCGUCUACCCACAAAUGAUGCCACGUCCACGUCCAGGAUGGAACCAACCGGUCCCACAAGGCCAAGGUUACCCAAUGCAACCAAACUACCCCAUCCGUAACCAACGUGGUCCAGGUGGUGCUCCAAACCACCCACGUGGUCCAGGUGGUGCUCCAAACCAACGUCCACGCGGUCCAAUGGAUCCAAACCAACAGGUUCCACAAGCUGCCAACCCACAACCAACCCCCGCCCCAGCCACUGCCCAAGAAGCCGUCGCCGUCCCAUCCGAACAACCACAAAUCACCUUGGAAUACGUCGAAGCCUUGCCACGUGAGCAACAAAACCCAUUCCUCGGAGAGUUGCUCUACCCACUCAUCCACGCCUCCCAACCAGAUGCUGCCGGUAAGAUCACUGGUAUGUUGUUGGACUCCCUCACCGUUCAAGAAUUGUUCGAGCUCGCCCAAAGAGCCGACAAGCUUGGAGAAAAGAUCAAGGAAGCUUUGGAAGUUCUCUCUGUUUCACAAUAA